CGGCCAAUUUUCUAGUAUAUGGAUAGGGUUUAGACUUCACAGUUCUCCUGCCUACCCCGUCCCUCCCCAAGCGCGCCGUCUAGGGUUUCACAGCCGUGCCCCGAUCCAUUCGAGCGCCCCGCACCGCCGCCAUGGAGUUUGACGAAUACGAGUACUUGGAGAAGGCGGUAGAGCCCGCUCCCCCACAGGCCAAUGGUUCCGGCUCCGGCUCCGGCGAGAAGGACCGCGGCUCGCGCCGCCGCGAGGGCGGCGAGGACCGCAUAUCGAAGCGCUCUCGCUCGGGGGAGGACCGCGACCGGGACAGGCACCGCAGCGGCCGGGAGCACCGUGACCGGGACAAGGAUGACGUGAAGGAGGAGAGGAGCCGCGAAAGCCGCGGGAAGGACAGGGACAGGGAAGGGAGAGAACGGGAGAAGGAGAGGGGUGACAGGCACCGGCUGAGAGAGAGGGAAGUGGAACGGGAGCGGAGGAGCCGGAGCCGCUCGGAGCGGCGCCGUGCCGAGGAAGAGGAGAUGGUUAGGGAGCUGGAGCGGGAGCGCGAGCGCAGCGAGCGACAUCACUAUCGCGACCGUGAUGUCAGAUAUGAUACGAUAGAGCCGUCUUCAGAUGGUAUCUGCAAUUGGGCCUGACUCAAGAUAUCAGGCGUAGGAAAGAUGACGGGGCAGAGCCAGAAGUUGAUCCAGAAAGGGACCAGAGGACUGUAUUUGCCUUCCAGCUAUCUUUGAAGGCAGACGAGAGAGAUGUUUAUGAGUUCUUCUCAAGGGCUGGGAAGGUUCGUGAUGUUCGUCUUAUCAUGGACCGGAACUCAAGACGUUCUAAAGGAGUUGGGAUUGCACACUGAAAUUUAAUAAUUUGGUCUACCUGCUGGGAUUAUCGGCAAUUUACAAGUUUCUAGGCAAUAAAGGGGGCACCCAAGAACCAAGUUCGAAAACCUCCACUAGUUUUGAUCAAAAUGCCUGAAGUUUUCUGUGAAAAUUUGAAAUAUCUUAACAUAUGAUGCCCCACUUAUUGUUUUUCUUUUCUUUUACAGGAAGACAACUUUUUUUGGAUGCUUUGAUGAUUGUACUAAACAUAUAUCUCAAUUCACAGGUACAUUGAGUUUUACGACGUUAUGUCUGUUCCAAUGGCAAUUGCUCUGUCUGGUCAACCGCUGCUUGGACAAGCAGUGAUGGUUAAACCAUCUGAGGCUGAAAAGAACUUAGUUCAGUCAAAUGCGACAUCAGGUGGUGCGGCUUCAGGUGGAGCAAGAAAGUUGUAUGUUGGCAAUCUUCACUCAAAUAUUACUGAAGACCAAUUGAGACAGGUAUUUGAACCAUUUGGGCAAGUAGAGCUUGUACAGCUUCCUGUAGAUCCAAUGACUGGAUUGUGCAAAGGUUAUGGUUUUAUUCAGUUUGCACGGCUUGAAGAUGCAAAAGCUGCACAGAGCUUGAAUGGGCAGCUUGAUAUCGCUGGCAGAGUUAUUAAGGUUUCAGCUGUUACCGAUCAUGUGGGAAUGCAAGCUAGUGGAGCAACUACUGGAGAUUUAGAUGACGAUGAAGGUGGAGGCUUGGCACUAAAUGCAAGUUCCAGAGCUGCUCUAAUGCUCAAAUUGGACAGGAGUGGUACUGCGACCAGCUUAACUCGUGGUAUUGGUGCUGCUGGUGUGGCUGUACCAGCUACUUCUGUUAUUGGGGCUCCAGGAGCUGCUUCUCUUCUACCACCAACAGUUGCUGCUGUUGGAUCAGUUCCUGGGGCACCUGUGCUUCCUGUUACCACUCAGAAUGUGACCAUGUCUACACCUACAGAAUUCUUGUUGCUUAAAAACAUGUUUGACCCAGCAUUGGAGACAGAUCCUGAUUUUGACUUGGAUAUUCGAGAUGAUGUCCAAGAUGAGUGUUCCAAGUUUGGUGCAGUGAAGCAUAUUUUUGUUGACAAAAAUACUGCAGGCUUUGUGUAUCUGCAGUUCGAUAGCGUGACUGCAGCAGCAAAGGCCCAAAAUGCCCUUCACGGAAGAUGGUUCGCUGGGAAGAUGAUUACAGCGACAUUUAUGUCCGCUCUGGAGUACAGUACGAAGUUCCCAAACUUGUGAGCAUAUGCCGGGAAGAGUUGGCCAGACCUGCAUAGUUCGUUUGGAGUAUUCGCAAGUGCUGUAUCGUUGGAUGGUAGACGAACACCUUAUUGAUUGUAUGACAGGGUAGUUGCAGCACCGGGCGUCACUAUCAGUACAAUGCUUGAUGUACUUUAUUUACGGCGUCGCAGUGACCAAACCUUAUUUUUGUCCACCGAAUGAAAUGCCCUAUCAUCUCCAGGCUUGUUGGCAUAUGGUUGAUUUUCUGGACGAUCACCAUAACACAUUUUUGUCAGAUUUCCAAUGUGCUUUAUUUUUUAUUCUCUUA